CUUCGCAAUCCUGAGAAACAGCUAGUGGGAAGACAGAGAAAUAUAUCCACCUGAAAUUCAUCCACUUGGGUUUAUCAGGAGAUGCGGACGUUUUUGUUCCUUUUGCUUAUUUGCCUCAUCGUUGGAGAUGCUUUGGCCAGAAGAAGCCGGUGUAAAAAGAGGGCUAAACUAGGAGACAAGUGUAAAUAUGAAGAGAAAAUCAGAGGCCGAUGGAGGCAAAGGUCAUGUGCUGCCGACGAAAUUUUUUCGGGGGCAAGUUGUGGAUGUGAAAUUGACUGGGAGGCAAAAUACAAGAGUUUGGUGAAAAACGGAGGCAAUGGUGGAAAUGGAGAGAAUGGAGGAAACGGAGACGGAGGCGAUGAUGGCGAAGACGACGAAGACGACGGUGGCGAUGACGGAGACGAUGGUGGUGAUGAUGGAGAGAACGGGGAUGGUGACGGUGAUGGUGACGAUGAUGAUUAUGGAAAAUAUGAUGGUGAUUAUGGAGAAGAUGAUGGAGACGAUUCUGCAAGUAGUAGCUCCAGCAGUGAAUCAGGAAGUAGCUCAAGCAGUGGAUCAGGAAGUGAUUCCGACAGUGGAUCUGGGAGUGGAUCAGACAGUGGUUCAAGUAGUGGAUCAGGAAGUGGAUCAGACAGUGGAUCAAGAAGUGAUUCUAGUAGCGAAUCAGGGAGUGGAUCAGACAGUGGAUCUAGCAGUGGUAGUGACUCAGGAAGUGGAAGCAGCGAAAGCAGUGAUGACUCAGGAGAUUCUUCAGAUUCUGGAUCGGGAUCUGGAAGUGGAUCUGGAUCUGAGAGUGACUCGGGAAGUGGUUCGAGUAGUGGAUCUGGAAGUGGAUCAGGAAGUGAUAGUGAUUCAGGAAGCGGUAGCAAUGAAAGCUCUGGAUCUGGGAGUGACUCAGGAUCUGGAAGUGGAUCAAAAAGUGGAUCAAGAUCUGGGAGUGGAUCAAGCAGUGGCUCUGACAGUGGUAGUGACUCAGGAAGCGGAAGCGAUGAAAGCUGUGAUGAUGACUCAGGAGAUAGUUCAGAUUCUGGAUCAGGGUCUGGAAGCGAUAGUAGUUCUGGUAGUGGCAGCGGUUCAGGAUCUGGGAGUGGAUCUGGGUCUGGAAGUGGAAGCUCUGGAAGUGACAGUAGUUCAGGAAGUGGAUCAAGUAGUGGAUCAAGUAGUGGAUCAAGAAGUGGAUCAAGUAGUGGAUCUGACAGUGGGAGUGGAUCUAACAGCGAUGAUGACGAUGAUGAUGGUGAUGAUGAUGGAUUGGAAUAUGAUGGCAACGGAAAAAAUGGGAACAAAUACGGCAAAAAAAGAUAUUCUAAAAUACUCAGGGCACUGAAAGGUGGAAGGGGAAAUAAAAAAAGAAAUGGCAAGGAUAAAGGAAAUGGCAAGGGAAACGGAUGCGGACCUGAUGGCAAAGGACCUGACUGUGACAAUGGUAAUAAAAAAGGCAAAGGCAAUGGCGGGAAUGAAAAAGGAGGUAGAAAUGGAAAGAACAAAAGAAAUGGCAAAGAGAACGGAAAUGAAUGCGGUCCAGACGGAAAAGGACCUAAUUGUAACAAUGGAAAUGGUAAUGGUAACGGCAAGGGAAAUGGUGGAAAGAGAAGGAAAGGAAAUGGUAAAGGAAAUGGUAAUGGUAAUGGAAAGAAUGGAAAUGGCAAUGGAUGCGGACCUGAUGGAAAAGGUCCUGGUUGUGAAAAUGGUAAUGGAAAAGGUAAUGGAAAUGGCAAUGGCAAUGGGUGCGGACCUGACGGAAAAGGACCUGGUUGUGGAAAUGGUAAUGGAAAUGGCAAUGGUAAUGGAUGGAAUGGUGGAAACGGAAAUGGUAAUGGCAAUGGAUGCGGACCUGACGGAAAAGGACCUGGAUGUGGAAAUGGUAAUGGAAAUGGCAAUGGUAAUGGAAAUGGCAAUGGUGAUGGAAAUGGCAAUGGUAAUGGCAAUGGACACUAUGGAAAUGGUAAUGGCAAUGGAUGCGGACCUGACGGAAAAGGACCUGGUUGUGGAAAUGGUAAUGGAAACGGCAAUGGAAAUCGAAAUGGAGGGAAUGGAUACUAUGGAAAUGGUAAUGGAAAGGAUAAUGGAAAUGGAGGGAAUGGAUACUAUGGAAAUGGUAAUGGCAAUGGAAACGGAAAUGGAAAUGGCAAUGGAAAUGGCAAUGGAAAGGGUAAUGGGAAUGGAGGGAAUGGACACUAUGGAAAUGGUAAUGGAAAUGGAUGCGGACCUGACGGAAAAGGACCUGGUUGUGGAAAUGGUAAUGGAAACGGCAAUGGAAAUGGCAAUGGAAAGGGUCAUGGAAAUGGAGGGAAUGGAUACUAUGAAAAUGGCAAUGGGAAGGGUAAUGGAAAUGGAGGGAAUGGAUACUAUGGAAAUGGUAAUGGCAAUGGAAAUGGAAAUGGCAAUGGAAAGGGUAAUGGGAAUGGAGGGAAUGGAUACUAUGGAAAUGGUAAUGGAAAUGGAUGCGGACCUGACGGAAAAGGACCUGGUUGUGGAAAUGGUAAUGGAAACGGCAAUGGAAAUGGCAAUGGAAAGGGUCAUGGAAAUGGAGGGAAUGGAAACUAUGGAAAUGGUAAUGGAAAGGAUAAUGGAAAUGGAGGGAAUGGAUACUAUGGAAAUGGUAAUGGCAAUGGAAACGGAAAUGGAAAUGGCAAUGGAAAUGGCAAUGGAAAGGGUAAUGGGAAUGGAGGGAAUGGACACUAUGGAAAUGGUAAUGGAAAUGGAUGCGGACCUGACGGAAAAGGACCUGGUUGUGGAAAUGGUAAUGGAAACGGCAAUGGAAAUGACAAUGGAAAGGGUCAUGGAAAUGGAGGGAAUGGAUACUAUGAAAAUGGCAAUGGAAAGGGUAAUGGAAAUGGAGGGAAUGGAUACUAUGGAAAUGGUAAUGGCAAUGGUAACGGAAAUGGAAUUGGCAAUGGAAAGGGUAAUGGGAAUGGAGGGAAUGGAUACUAUGGAAAUGGUAAUGGAAACGGAAAUGGAAACGGCAAUGGAAAUGGAAAUGGAGGGAAUGGAUACUAUGGAAAUGGUAAUGGCAAUGGAUGCGGACCUGACGGUAAAGGGCCAGGUUGUGGAAAUGGUAAUGGAAACGGAAAUGGGAAGAAUGGAAACCCAGGGUAUUGGCAGAAACCCGCAGUUUCUGGGGCAUCACUCUCAUCUGGAGGUGUUAAAAAGACACAAUUACCAGUUUACCUUUUUAGAAGACCGUACUCUCUCAAAAAAUAUUCAUAUAAAACGCCUUGCAAUCCCUCUGAUCCAAAUACAGUUUGCUAGCAGUCUUCCAUGGGUAUGUUUAAAAUUAUAUUGUACUUUAUGGUGGGCCUUGCAAAGUCUAUCUUUUUAGAUUUUUUUCAUUUGUGAAAUAAUGUACAUGUACGUUUUAUAAUUGUUUUGUACACAUGACACAGUAUUAAAUAUGUUUCAAUAAAAUGAAUCAUUGAUA